GGCGAGGCCGAGCGCCGGGCUCUGCCCAGCCUGGCUCACCGGGUACCGGUGCUCAACGGGCCGGUGCUGCCGGGCACCCACUCGCCCGUUUUCAUCCCGGCCGGCCUGGAGCAGCACGAGGCCGGCAGCCCCCUGUCCCCUCGGCUGCAGCCCGUCAUCAUCCUCGAGCCCUCGGUCACCCACGCUCCGCUGGUGGCGGUGCCGGGGCUGGGGACGGUCCCCUUCUCCUUCGCGCCGUCGCUGCUGCCGGCCGAGCGGCUGUCCCUGCCCGGCCACCACAAACCGCUGGGCAGGACRCGCUCGGAGCCGCUGCCGCAGAGCCCCAAGGCCAUCCCGCAGCACCUGCUCUUCCAGCAGCACCACGCGCAUUUCCUCGACAGGCUCAAGCAGCAGACGCACCUGAGCAAGCGCAUGGCCAAGUCCAGCGAGAAGCCCCGGCUGMGGCAGAUCCCGUCCUCGGAGGACAUGGAGGCCGAGGGGACCCUGCCGGACACCGAGGGCGGGGACCCCGCCAGGACACGCGGGGAGCCCCCCCGGCCCGGCAGCAGCGGGAAGGAGCCCGAGAGGACGCAGAAGAUGGGGCAGCCCCAGGAGGAGCUGGUGCUGCAGCAGCAGCCCCCGCUGGGUGAGGCCGUGGUGACCGUGCCCGUGCCCUGUGUGACCGCUGUCCCCCCUCAGGUGGACAGUGACACCAUCUGGAACGAGCUGCACUCGUCCAACGCUGCCCGCUGGGCGGCCGGCAGUGUCACCGAGCUGGCCUUCAAGGUGGCCACCAGGGAGCUGAAGAACGGCUUUGCCGUGGUUCGGCCGCCCGGACACCACGCGGAUCCUUCCACGGCCAUGACGGUGGUGAUGCCGAUCGCCCACGAGUUCUGUCCCGACGUGGUGUUGGUGUCCGCCGGUUUCGACGCGGCCGAGGGCCACCCGCCCCCCCUGGGGGGCUACAAAGUCUCGGCCAAGUGUUUCGGUUACAUGACCAAGCAGCUGAUGACCCUGGCGGGGGGGGCCGUGGUGCUGGCACUGGAGGGUGGCCACGACCUCACGGCCAUUUGUGACGCGUCCGAGGCCUGCGUGUCCGCCCUGCUGGGCCACGAGGGCGCAGGAGGAGCCGAUGGAGCAGGAGGAGCCCAUGACCCAGUGACGGGCGGGGGCUGGGGCGGGGGAGGGGGCGCGGCCGGGCUCUGCCGACCCCCCCGAGGCUCCCGGACCCCUCCCCUCCGUCCCUCUCGCCCCCGAGGCGCAGCCCUGGACUCUCGGAAGGGCCAUUCCCGCACCGUGGAGAGCCCCGAGCCCGCAGCGCCCUCCCCUCCCCAAUUUCGGGACCCCUCGGGGGGGUGA